UGGAUCCGUCAUUCCUAUAGUGUCUCUCGUUUCAGUACACGAAUCGUUUCGGUCAGCAAAGCACAAAAAAUUGUAGCACUUUCUAGUUUCUAGUAAAUAACUACAGUUUUAUCUCAAAAUUUGAAAGAACAUUUUUGGAAAUUCCUUUGGUUGCUUUGAAAAUGGAUGAGCUAAUUGUACCGUCGUCGAGUUCGCACUGGUCGCUUCGCCUUGUGGACACCAAGAAGCCUUUUCCCAACCACAUUUUGGCCAAUGUCACCUACAAAAUUGCUCGCUUCUUUUAUCCUCCGUUCGCCGUCGGAGCCGUGGAUUUCACCCACGUGGUCAGCAAUCCCGAGUUGAACGCCUUUAACGUGGGACUCUUCUUGUCCUUUUCCGUGUUCCUUCCAUGCUUCAUCUAUGCUGUGUGGUUGAAUUUCCUAAAACCGACUUUUACUCUACAGAACACCGCUGCUCGAAAGUCGACCGAGCAGCAGGCCAGCAUUAAGAGUGAGGCUGAGAAGAACAAGGAUACAGUGGACCCGGAGUCCGACGAUGUCCUCACAGAGCCCAAUUGGGUGACCGUGUCCAAAGAAAGCAUCUUUGACGCAGCCUUGGGGACGGGUGGCAAGGAGAAGGAUAAUGUAAGGUGCCGCACUAAUAACGAUCUAGAUGGUGACAAAGAAGACGAUCUGGCAGGACGAAUCGACAGAGCUAUCUGGGGGAGAAAGAAUUGGUAGAAUCCUUAGAAAAAGUCUGGCCUAUCGGCCUUUUUCAGUCUUUGUACUCGUAGACUGUGUAUGAGUUUUGUAUCCUUCCAGCCAAACAACUCGAUUUAAGCUCCUUCAA